UAAGGCCAAACCUGUAGUUAUGGCCUAUCAACCAUUAAAAAGCCACAACCAGAAGAAUAGGAGGCAUGAAAAAGUCAAAUUCUUAUAGAAUAUAUCGUAUAAUAAAGAGAGAAAUCAGCACUUUGUUGAAUCAAGAGAUUCAAAUUGUCGAAAAUGAGUGUAGUUGUUGUGGACGGUCCAAUGAUGGAGGAAUUCGUGGAAGACACUGAGGCAUUUGGCAAGUGGACUGACAAACAUUUUGAUAUGCUAGACACAGAUGGGAAAGGGGAGCUAUCUCGAGAUGAGCUCCAAAACAGGAAAAGCAAAUUCUCGUCCUGUGAAUUUGAGCUGCAAAGCAAGGAAGAAAUUUCAAGUUUGUAUGACAUCCUUCUUGAAAGAUUUGAUAUUGAUAGAAGUGGGACUAUCGAUCGACAAGAAUUCAAGGCUCUUACAAAAGAAAUCAUGUUGGCUAAGGCUAGAGGGAUUGGCAAUUCACCUGUUUUAGUCAUUCUUCAAGGGGAUAGCCUUGUUAUGAGGGCUGUUCAACGUUUGUCAGCAAAAUAAGUGAUAUUUUUCCACCUCAAAUUCUCGUUUCAGCUUUCCAAAUCUGAAUGUAAUUCAAAUUAACUAAUAUUUAUGUUACUAAUUCAUUUUUCAUUACUUGUUACUCUCUCUAUUUUAGAUUAGUUGUCUUACUUUGA